AUGUCACAGAGAAAGGCCAGAGGGGCACCGGCCAUGCCGGGAGGGGGGCAGAGCCCGGCGAAGGCCAGGCCGAGGCUGCUAGCGGGCACCCACAGCAGGAGGAGCCGCCUGAGCAGGACCAGGCAGGACCCGUGGGAAGGGACCAGCUGGAGCAGCCAGAGGUGGAGCAGAGCUGCCCCCGCCCCGAGAGGGGCCAGGGCCGGGAGCCUGGCUGGUGUCAGGAGUGAGGUCAGUCCUGAGAACGCCGCGCGGGAGCGGAGCCGGGUGAGGACGCUGCGCCAGGCCUUCCUGGCCCUGCAGGCCGCUCUGCCUGCAGUGCCCGCGGGCACCAAGCUCUCCAAGUUGGACGUGCUGGUGCUGGCCACCAGCUACAUAGCCCACCUCACCCGCACGCUUGGCCACGAGUUGCCUGGCCCCGCCUGGCCACCCUUCCUGCGUGGACUCUGCUUCCUGCACCCCCUCAAGAAGUGGCCGAUGAGAUCUCGUCUCUAUGCUGGAGGCCUGGGGUGCUCUGGCCUUGACUCCACCACAGCCACCACCCUGGGCCAAAGAACCAAGGAGGCAGAGGCCAGGCCCCAAGUCCCUGGAGAGGCAGAUGCUCUCCUCCCCACCAGUUCUUGGUGA